CGGCCAAGCACCAAGUGAAGCCCAAGAGGGAGGUCGUGUCCGUGUCGGACUACGUGACCAUCACGUCCAUGGGGCUGCUGAUGGGCAACUUCACGGGCUGGGCAGCCACGUCCGUCGUCGUGUUCUGCAAGGCGGUGGUGCUCGGAAGUUAGUACUGCCGAGCUGAAAUGUGGUCCUGUGUGAGGUGCGUGCUGCGCACAGACAAGUAUAAAGGAUGAAGACUGUUUGUUGCUGUUUGGAAAGAUGAGGAAGGAGAGCGAGAAAUGGAAGAAAAAGUGAUUCUGCCCGGUAUUAAGCUCACAUGCGGUACUAACAGCAGUUCGGCUCGAAGGUUAUGCCGCGAGCGUUCGUAUACAGCAAACGCUUGGUCGGGAGCUGCUGGUUGCACCAGUUUGACGAGUCUAUUGAGCGGGCAAGCUCAGUUGGGUGCGGCGCUGCAGCGAUGAUAUACGCCUCGCAGUAUUCUCGCAGGGACCACUUGGCUGGCACCGUGGCAGAUGUGAGCUGAAUGGGAGUAGGAGCUGGUGGGGCGAUUCUCACCGACUGGGGCUUGACAAGCUCGCUGCUUGCACCUGUCGGUGCUUUUGGCGGAGCAUCAAAGCGCCAGUGGGUGCGUGGGUGGAUCGUCAUCGCGUGCACAGGCGUCCCCACAGCAGCCGCGAUAGCCUCCAUCCACCUUUGACGCUCGAGAGCGCUGGGAAGGCGCAGAUGCAGCCGCUUGCCUCUCGUCCCGUACAGCAUUUUGAUCGAGUUCUGGGCUGAACUGUGCCCUGAGCAAUCCACGAAUGCGACGGUAGUAUCCAGCUCGAUUGUCAGCCGGCGACCGAGCGCGCGAGGACGCUGCUGCACGAUCAAAGAUGCCGAGCUUGUAUUUCCGCUUGUGAUGACAAUGUGAACAUUCGCGAUAAGCCUGAUCGAGCAGCAGACACACCGCGCAAUUAAGCUACUCUGUUGAAUUCGUACAGCGCGGUGCCUGCUUGUAGUACAAGUUGUACGUACCAGAUGAAGCCAAAGCAGCGCGUACGGACGCAGGCGAGAGGGUCAGGCAUCACUUCGAGCCAGGAUUUACAAGUGCUGCGCUAAGAGCAAAGCCAAGCUUGCACGAGUUCAAAGCCAUCAAUCCAUCGCAAAGCGUAGCCAGUGGCUUGAUAGCCCUCCGCCUCUGCAUUGCCUUCACCUACACACGCCUUGAAGCGCUGGCUGCUGUAUUGUCAUCGUGUAUUGCGUAGUAUAUGCACGCAUUCCGCUCGCUUCUCGGUACAUGCAGGGAACGAGGGCAACCUGCACACAAGUGCGUCAAUGCGUCAAUCACGUGUGUGAACAGCUGGCCAACUUCACGCAUAAUCGAGUUGUCCAGCAUAAGCAGUAGUCCUGGACCGGCUUUCAAAACUUCAGUUUACCCUUGAAACCUCUCCCUUGAAACCUCUUCAAGGGUAUCCCCUGCUUGCAAGUGCUGUACUUCGAGGUAUGUAUGCGUGUGCGGCGAGUUGGGCGCUGGUCGACUGAAUGCCGCGCACUUGUAGCAGUGGACAGAUAUUGUGUGGCAUUUUUGCCUGGAGCGGAGGAUUCGACGUAUAAUAAAUAGUAAGUUACAUUUACCCCAGCCAUGCGCAGUACAAUGUACUUGCACAUCGCACUUUUUUCCUGGUUCAGCACCGGAUGCGGAUGUAUCCGCCAGGCUUUCUAGGUGAAACUCAACCGCACUUUUGACCCUGCACUCGAGCAAGCCUGACUGUUUGAGACCUAGCGCUGCGCUGCAGUCAAAUUGAUGCCACGAAGGUCAACCGAGGAGUGCCAGACAACGCAAGUGACGUCUGCAUUGCCAUUGUUUGCAAUGCCCCUGCAGGCAUUUGCAACUUGCAAUUGCAAGGCCAGCUGACGCGCGACUACUUCAAGCAUAAAUAGUAGCCCAAGGUGUAAAACGGGUCUGGUUAACCAGAUCGACGAAUGAGUGGCAACCGACGUCGUGCUUACAGUUUGUAGUUGCGGGCGUGUAGCACGUUGAAUCAUGCAAAAGUGGGCCCAGCACCUCAGCCUGGAAACUAGAAAAUUAAUGCAAACUGCGGCAUAUCAAUCACACUACCCACGCAGCCUUACAGUACCAUAUCCGGAUAGCCCACGUCUCGGGUAUCGUUGUUGCUGCUGUGCCAUUUACCAGGCGGUAUCGCCGGUCAAGCAACACGAUUGACCAUCAUCAAACUGUGGACAAGCCGGACUUUCUUCUCGUCAGCGAGCGCGAGAGCAGCACUGGGGCCCUCCGCGCCAUGCGUAGAGCCUGUCGCAGGAUAGUACUUGCCUGUCCUUCUAACCACAGCAGAACCGCCGGCACGAUCGCAGCAUCUGGCUUGUCUUGCACAUACGGCCUGAGUGAAUUCACUGUCGAGGUCAACUAGUCCAAUCAUCAGGGCACAGCCGCGCCUUUCAGGCUGCGGGCCAUGAUCUCUCAUCGUCCUCGCUCGCACUCACUUCCAUUUUGGAGCUCCAGAGCCAAAGCGCCCAUCAAUCCUUUAUCACCCUCACCUACACGGCCAACGUCAUGAAGAUCUGCGCUUUUAUCGUGGGAAUGGCUGCGAGCGUGGCCUCGCUCAGCUCGGCUUCGCUAGUCGUGGACACGGCCCCCGACGAGCUCCGCGCAUACGUGCUGCCCAAGAACCACGGUGAAGCUGUCAAGAUCGGCGACCAAAUCUACCGGUUUUCCGUCACGGGUCCGUCCUCGGGUGGCGCGUUCACGCUGCUGCAAACCAGCGCGCCCGAGUCCACGAGCCUGGGCGUGCUCCCGCACAUCCACAAGACCCAUUACGAGAACUUCUACUGCACGCGCGGCCGCUUCCAGCUCUGGGCCGAGUCGUACGACUCCACGUCGUCCGAGCAGCAGACGCGCGUGCUCACCCAGGGCGACUACGGCGCCGUUCCCCACAAUACGUACCACACGUUCCAAGUGCUGGAUCCCGACACGCAGAUGACCGGUGUCAUCCAGCCGGGCGGCUUCGAGGUACUCUUCGUGGCGCUGCGCGACUCGUACUACAACUCCAGCAUGUACGCCAACUUCGAGCCUUCGCACGCCAACGCGUCGGCGGGUACCAAUGCCGACACCAUCUCGGCGCUCGAGACGUACGACGUGUACGCGCAGCUAACGUGGGAGACCCGCCGCGACGCAGUGAACGGAACCGCGGGCAGUGGCAACUGGCACAACGGCUCCAAUGAGCUCGCGGACGACGGCCACACCCCGUUCUUCGUCGCCAAAAACUACGCGCAGAAGUACCUCAACUUUGAGAACGGCUACAAGCUGCUGGCGCCCGUGCAGAAGGGGCCGCAGAGCGGAGGCAACUUCACCAUGGGCACCCUCACCAUGUCGGUGAAGGCCAGCAACGAGACGGUGAACACCAUCACGCCCAAGCAGCCGCUGGCCUUCCAGCUCGAGGAGGGCCAGCUCUCCGUCGAGGUGGACGGCGAGUCAGCGGCGCUGAUCCAGGGCGACGUGCUGUUCGUGCCGGCCAACACGACGUUCAGCUACUACGCAACGGUGCCCGUGACCAAGUUCCUGUACGUGAGCGGCGGUGCGGAUGGCUUCGACCAGGACCUGCUGCAGAACAGCGUCGAGUGGGAGUACGCAGCCUACCCCACGUACGCGGGCUACACGGCGUAAAUGUGGCGACGCGAUAGACUGAGCGAGCAUUCACGGUAGGAAUAUCAACGUCAAUAAACUUGCUGUCGAUAAAACGAUUGAGCUGGGCGUGCACCUCGUAUAGCAACCUUGCUGAUUAGCAACUGAAAUCGUGGGUCGCGGCGGCCACAAGUACAUGUACAGGGGAUUGGUAGAAUCGCCAGGAAUAUCGCGGCACAUUCGUCACAACCCGAGCUUUGAUGGCAUGGGCCAACUUCAACGUCCGUCUGCCAUCAACUUGCCUUGAUAUUACAAUUGUCGGUGCGAGACGGCCGCGCCCCCUUCCUCAUUUCAAGCCUGCAGCGCCAGUAUGGUAUGCAAGAACGCACUCGUUCGCGCCGACCAACUGGUCCCCCGUCGCCGAGGCAGAGAGGAAGGAGAGGCCUGGGAUGCCAUUCAGCUGGUCGUAAAUAGUGUCCGGCGAUCUGCCAGGAGUCGGUUCACCUUAUCGUCUGAUCGUAUUCCGCUCGUUUGAUUGGUAGAAAGUAGUUUCAUCCAAUCGACGGGUCUCUAUUCUCUCUAUUUCAGCCAAUCCCACGCCGUGGCCGCUUUCGUGUCCAACACGACACGUCACAUCCGAAAUUACCCCAAGGGUCUCACUCAGUCGCCAAUCGCUCAGAGGAUGGAGCUGCCCAAGGUGUCCAAGGUGUCUGCUUCGGCCGCCGACAGCGGCGCGGCGCUGCGCAAGCUGCUGGUGCAGGGCGUCUUCCUCUUCACGGGCGUCUUCUCCACGUGCGUGGCGCAGUUCGUGUUCUACCAGGGCGCGGGCGACCAGAAGGCCAUGCUGCUGCCGCUCUGCAACUAUCUCGGCAUGAUGCUCGUGGGCCUCCUGCCUGCUAUGGGCGCCGCCACCACAGCAGCAGCGAAGAAGGCGGCGGAGAAGGAGGAGGAGGAAGAGAUCCAGCAGCAGGAUGGGCUUGUGGCCCUCGAGAAGCCGCAGGAGGUCGCUCAGGUCA